CGACAUACACUAGUCUAAUAAUAAUGGACACAAUUAAAGACGAUUGGACAAUGGUAGGUGCUUCCAAAUGUAAGAAGAAAUAAUAAAGGCUCCUUCCAAGUAGUCUCAAAUAGCCGCCUGCAUGCAUGGUCCCAACUAAAUAGCCCCAAAAGCAAAGAUAGAGCUGCCGAAAAUCCAUUGUGGAAAACAAUGCUUGGAUACAUAUCCCAUUUUAUUAUUUUGAUUCCCUCCGGACCAUCUUUUUUAUAUCCUCUUAUGAAGAGUAAUAUUAAUUUUAAAUCAGGGAAAUGACUUUUCCUUGUUUGAAUUAUUUGCUCAUAGUUGGUGCUAAAUUCCAAAUUUCCAACUCUGUAUACCUUUACUUUACCUCCCUUUCUCAGCAAGCAGCCUCUCUAUCCUCCCCCAAAUUUCCACGUUACACAUUAUGCUCUGUUUUCAGAACUGAAUCGGAGGAUGAACCGGAAAAGUUAGCGGUUUAAGAGUUCAUCCGGUUAACCGUUACAAAAUUGUUGGUGAACCGUUAAUGAUAUAUAACAUAUAAGACUUGUAUAUUACACUAAUUUGAUAAUGAAAUUAUCAUUGACCAUAAACAAGUUCAAAUUCAUACAUCACGAAAAUAUCUAAUAAAUCAUUCCAACCAUCUCACAAAAGAAACCACAUUUUUUAAUUCAAAUUAAAAUUUACGAUUCUAGUUGGUAGUAGACAAUGUAAAAUCGACAAUAAGGUUGAGGGAACAUAUAUAAAAUUAAUAAUUAUGAUUUGAUGGUCUUAGUUUACGUUAAAAUAUUUUUUUGUUAAAAUAGUGAACCAAUGGACCAGCUAAAUCGUGUCGGUUCAUCUGAUUUUAUGUUGAGCCGUGAAAAACCGUUUGGUCUAUCAAUAACCGUUCAAACAAUGAACCGAACCGCUAUCGUAACUGGUUUGACGAUUCUACUGGCCCGGCCGGUUAUCCGGUUCGGUUCUUAUAACAAGGACAUUAUGUAAUAAAUAUGUAUAAUAUAAACAUUAUCCUCCCGAUGAAGAGGAAGCAAAAAUUUUAAUAGAAAGCUCACAAUGUGCCAAACUUUAGUGUUACACAAAAAAAUAUUCAUAUUUUUUUUUAUUAUAACGAUCUUCGUUAAAAUUACAGUAAAAUUAUGAUAUUAUGUUAUUGGCUCAAUUACUGUAGCAGGUUAAUCAAUAAUACAAUUUUGAAUGGUAAUAAAUCUUUUUAAGUGAUAUACUCCACAAAAAAAUAGUGGAUCAGGUGCAUGACUCUGGACAUGUUGUAAAAAAAUAAUAAACUAGACAGUAUCGUGAGUUUGAGUCUUAAACUCAACCAUCACACCGAAAUGAAUAGUAGGAAAAAUGGCGAUAUCAAAGACAAACACAGAUUACACAAUAAUGUUUAUGUGGAGUCUAGUCUCUAUAGAAUUUCUGCUUGGUAAAAUUUAUACUACCAAAAAACACAAUAAAUUUUCCCCAAAGAAAAUAUAGUAAAUUGAUGUAGGGUACAUUUCAGAUCUUGACUUUGAAGGCAUAGGAUGCAGCAGACGGUAUGAUUUUAUUUGAACUUCAAAAGUUUAUUAUUUAUCAACUUAUCAAAAUUGAGGUGUCUAAUUGAAACAAAGCUUAUACAAUUACAGUAAUUAAUCAAAUGGUAAACUACCCUUGUGGUAAUUAACUCUUGUUUAUCUAUAUAAAGGGAGCAAAGAAGCCAAUCUAGAAAGGCAUCCAUCCAAUUCCAACACCCACUCCCAUUAGUGAAGUUUGGGAAAAACAAACAAAGAAACGACCCCAAAAAUGGCUUCUCUCAUUGCCACUCUUGUAGUGGCAAUAUUUUCCUUCAGCUUCUUUCCCUUGGAGAUCACAGCUAACUACCAUUACUCCUCUCCACCACCACCACCACCCAAGAAAUACCCUCCGCCGCCCUCUCCUUACUUCCACCACAAGUCCCCGCCGCCGCCGGUGCACUACCCACCGCCGCCACAUACUCCGUACAAGUACAAGUCCCCACCACCACCUCCUCCGCCUGUCCACAAGUCUCCACCGCCACCACCACCCCACAAGAAGCCUUACAAAUACAAGUCCCCACCACCUCCACCGCCGGUUUACAAGUCCCCACCACCUCCGCCUCCGGUUUACAAGUCUCCACCACCGCCGACCCAUAAGCCAUACAAGUACAAGUCGCCACCGCCACCGCCAGUCCACAAGUCGCCACCACCACCGCCUCAUAAGCCAUACAAGUACAAGUCGCCACCUCCACCGCCAGUCCACAAGUCGCCGCCACUACCUCCACCGGUUUACAAGUCACCACCACCAUCGCCCCAUAAGCCAUACAAGUACAAGUCGCCACCGCCACCACCAGUCCACAAGUCGCCACCACCGCCGCCUCAUAAGCCAUACAAGUACAAGUCGCCACCUCCACCACCUGUCCACAAGUCGCCGCCACCACCCGUUUACAAGUCACCACCACCACCCCAUAAACCAUACAAGUACAAGUCACCACCGCCACCACCUGUCCACAAGUCGCCGCCGCCGCCACCCCACAAGCCUUACAAGUACAAGUCCCCACCUCCACCUGUUUACAAGUCUCCACCACCACCACCGCCACCACCGGUUUACAAGUCACCACCGCCGCCGCCCCAUAAGCCAUACAAGUACAAGUCCCCACCUCCACCACCUGUCUACAAGUCCCCGCCGUCUCCGCCCCAUAAGCCUUACAAGUACAAGUCGCCACCUCCACCACCUGUCCACAAGUCCCCACCACCACCGGUUUACAAAUCGCCACCACCACCGCCCCACAAACCAUACAAGUACAAGUCUCCGCCGCCUCCGCCGAUGCACAAGCCAUCGCCUCCUCAUCAUUACAUCUAUGCCUCGCCGCCUCCCCCGUACCACGUCUAGAAAUUAUCAGCUUGCCGGUAACCCGUCUCUGUAGCACUACUGUCUCUCUUAUAGCUCCAAGGUACGUAGUAGUAGUAACAAUAACAACGUAAUUUUACAUGCACGGUCAAGUUCAAUACCAGAAUUAUAAUAUCAUUAUCACAUAAAUGAUUCAACGGUAAUGAUUUCUUGGUAAUUAUCUUAUCUUCGUGUUGUCUCUGUUUGCAGGGAAAGAAGGAAGAAAGCGAGUUUCCGCGUUACGAGAGUAUUAUUAUGAUUAUAGGACGUGUCGAUCUUUUCAGCAGAGGAAUUAAAUAAAAAAAGAGAGAGAACAGAACAGAAGACAGGGACUAGUUUGUUUCGACAUUAUUGUCAAUAUAUAUUAUAUGCUUAUGUUUGCCAGACGGGGAGUAAAAAAAAACCCACGUUGUUGUUGGUAGCAAUAACUUGCAUGGUGGCAGUGCUUUUAAGUUUGAGGGGAUCCAAAGGGAAAAAGAAUAUUCUUGUAUGUUGUGCUUUGAUAUUACUCUUUCCCAAAUUAUCAUCACUCAACUGUUUGCAAUGUCGAUUAUGUGAGGAAAUAAAUUAAGGUUUGGUUAUCUAUUAAGAGUUCUGCAUGGAGUUUGCAAAAGUAACUUCGGAUAUUUAUUCAUUUUACGUCAUGCAGUACAAAGCAGUACUGCUACAAGCCUCUCACCAUAAAUACUUAAUCUUUCUUGAAAGUUAAUUAUGUGGACUAUCCAUUCAUAUUUAUCUCGUUAAUUCGAGUUCUUCCAUCGAUAACAUUAAAAUGCAUUUUUGUGUUUGUAAUAUAAUCAUUUGAAUAAAAACUAACUCUGUAUGUCUGCUUUUAUAACAACUGACUUUGCGAAAGAAAAAAAAAAGAAGCUAUAUGUGUACACAACUCAACAGGCCGGUCAGUGUUGCCUUCUUUAAGAUUUGAACAAAUGAAACCUAUUGAUCACAUAUUUUGAUACCGUGUCUGUAAGAGUAGUAUAAUAAUAUCAAUAAUUAAUUUUCUCUAAACAACCUGAGUUAUUGAGAUCAAACUUUUUAUGACAUUGUAUCAGGGCUGGUGUGAACAGAUGGUUUUGUGUUGAAAUUGCCAAGACCACCAACAUUAAAUGUUGAUUUAAUAAUGAGAUGAUUAUAUGGUUGACUUGUGCAAAUUCCAACCAUGUGAUUUGUGAGUUGACUCUCAUUUUGGAGGGCAUCUAAUAAGGUAGUAUAAGAUCUAUAAUUAUUAGUUACCAUUCUCCAAGACCUCAAAUUGUUAUAUAGGAAGAAGAUUAAGAGUAAAAUCUUUUAGAAUUCCCUCCUAAUUUGAACUUCCAAAUUUAAGAACCAAUUAACAAACAUGUUACCUAGAGAUUAAGUAUAUUAUUGAAGAGUAUCGACUGCAAGACAGUCAAGGCUACUUGGUCAUAAAGAAUAACAAGCAAC